UCUGUCCUCGGUCCCCGGGGCCGCCCCAUUCCCCGUCCUCGCAUCACGAUCUUUUUCUUACACUACCGCAGCGCCGUCACCGCCUGCGCACUCCCGGCCAUGGCUCUGUAGCCGCCACCCCUUUGUGCCCCCAGCAGUCUCCGCGCUCACCGCACCUUCGCUCCCGCUCCCGACUUCUUUCUUCAACCGAGGCCGCCGCCGCCUCUCCUUUCCACAGCCAUGGAGUCCUCCACCUUCGCCUCCGUGUCCGUCUCCAUCCAGCUGAACAACCUCUGGAGCCUCCUCCCUGCCGUCGGUGCUGCUUCCAUUGCUACUCGUGCUCAGCACCUGUGCCUCAGCCAUGUCACUCCUGGCGACCCUGGGGCUCGAGCUGGACAGGGGCCUGCUCCCAGCUAGCGGGCUGGGCUGGCUUGUAGACUAUGGGAAACUCCCCCUGGCCCCUGCCCCCCUGGCCCCCUAUGAAGUCCUUGGGGGAGCCCUGGAGGGCGGGCUCCCAGGGGGAGGAGAGCCCCUGGCAGGUGAUGGCUUCUCGGACUGGAUGACAGAGCGAGUUGACUUCACGGCCCUCCUCCCUCUGGAGCCCCCGCUGCCCCCAGGCACCCUCGCCGCCCGAGGGGACCGCAAGCAGAAGAAGCGGGACCAGAACAAGUCGGCGGCUCUGAGGUACCGCCAGAGGAAGCGGGCGGAGGGCGAGGCGUUGGAGGGCGAGUGCCAGGGGCUGGAGGCGCGGAACCGGGAGCUGAGGGAGCGGGCCGAGUCGGUGGAGCGGGAGAUCCAGUACGUGAAGGACCUGCUCAUCGAGGUGUACAAGGCGCGCAGCCAGCGCAUGCGCAGCAGCUAGGGGCGGGGCUUCGCUGCCCUCCACUUCCGGGCUGGGGUGGCAGGUCCCUCCCUCCCGAUUUUAGGCUUUCGUCCUCUUUUUGCCUUUCUGAUUUUUACCCUCCCCACCCCAAUCAGUGAUGUUCGGCUUUGGUGAACAGCUGCACCUCUCCCGUACAGCUGGGAACCCUGGUCUCCCCACUGUCAUAUAUGGCUGCUUGGUUCUUCUGUCGCGGUGGUCCUGGGUGGGGUGGCCACAGGGCAGAGGAGGGAAGUGAGGCCAGGAAGCCAAGUAAAGUUGACUGCAAAUGAGCAUCUAAGUCAGGGAGGGUUUUUAAGCAGGGGCCAAUGUCCUGUAAGUGAAAAAGCAAGAUAAGUGUCCUUGGGAUCUGUGGGGCGGGAGGCAAGUCCACAGAGCAGCCGGAAGUGCAGGC